AUUGUGUGCCAGGCCCUGUGCUGAGCUGUUGUUGCCUGACAGCAGGAAGAGCGCGGCUCUGGCUUCUGUGAAGAGGCUGCGGGUCAGCCCCCAACUACUAGAGCCUCAGCCCACACCAAGAACUCAGUGAAUGGUAGCGGAAAGGAACCGGGGCAAGACCACUGACUCAGCAGCCUUGGCUCACUAUUUGGAGGCGGGGUGGCGGGGGGCAUUGAAGGAGAGCGAAGCGCGAGAGAACUCUUCAGGUGUCACCAAGGUGGGAAGAUGCUAUGCGGCGAGGCGCCGAGCGGUGUCCCCCGCCCCGCUCGCCCGGAGUCAACAUGGCCGGCCCGGAGGGAGGCGGGACUGCUCCAACUCCGGGCAGGAGCGGGGCGGGGACGCCGUCGGCGGAGCCAGCGCGCAGGCGCGGGCCGCGUGGGUCCCGGAUGGAGGAGCUGCGAAGCCUGAGGGAGCUCAAUCCUGGUAGCAACACCCCUGAAUUCCUGGUGGUGAGAGGAUGUGGCCCCAGGAUCCAUCCCGGAAGGAGGUGCUGAGGUUUGCAGUCAGCUGCCGUAUCCUGACUCUGAUACUCCAGGCCCUCUUCAAUGCCAUCAUCCCAGAUCACCACGCAGAAGCCUUCUCUCCUCCUCGCCUGGCCCCCUCAGGCUUUGUGGACCAACUUGUGGAAGGUCUUCUGAGUGGCCUGUCUCGCUGGGAUGCUGAACACUUCCUUUUCAUUGCCGAGCAUGGCUAUCUGUAUGAGCACAACUUUGCCUUCUUUCCUGGUUUCCCCUUGGCUCUGCUGGUGGGGACUGAACUGCUGAGACCCUUGCGGGGGUUACUGAGUCUACGCAGUUGCCUGCUGAUUUCAGCCGCAUCACUCAAUUUCUUGUUCUUCAUGUUGGCUGCAGUUGCUCUUCAUGACCUGGGUUGUCUGGUUUUGCACUGUCCCCGCCAGGCCUUUUAUGCAGCUCUGCUCUUCUGUCUCAGCCCUGCCAAUGUCUUCCUGGCAGCUGGUUACUCAGAAGCUUUGUUUGCCCUCCUGACAUUCAGCGCCAUGGGGCAGCUGGAGAGGGGCCGAGUCUGGACUAGUGGACUCCUCUUUGCCAUUGCUACUGGGGUACGCUCCAACGGGCUGGUCAGUGUUGGCUUCCUCAUGCAUUCUCAGUGCCAAGGCUUUUUCUCUUCUCUUACGAUGCUGAAUCCCCUGAGACAGCUCCUUAAACUGAUGGCCUCUCUGUUUCUGUCAGUGUUCACACUUGGCCUUCCCUUUGCCCUCUUUCAGUAUUAUGCCUACACUCAAUUCUGUCUGCCAGGCUCAGCCCGCCCCAUUCCUGAGCCCUUGGUACAGUUAGCUGUAGACAAGGGCUACCGGAUUGCAGAGGGAAAUGAGCCGCCUUGGUGCUUCUGGGAUGUUCCUCUAAUGUACAGCUAUAUCCAGGAUGUUUACUGGAAUGUUGGCUUUUUGAAAUACUAUGAGCUCAGGCAGAUGCCCAAUUUUCUACUGGCUACACCAGUGACUAUACUGGUUGCCUGGGCAACUUGGACAUAUGUGACCACCCACCCUUGGCUCUGCCUUACACUUGGGCUGCAAAGGAGCAAGAACAAUAAGACCCAAAAGAAGUCCGAUCUUGGAUUCCUCAGUCCUCAGGUGUUUGUGUACCUGGUCCAUGCUGCAGUGCUGCUGCUGUUUGGAGGUCUGUGCAUGCAUGUUCAGCUCACUUGCUUCAGGAUCAAGAGCCGCUGUUGAGGUCCUUAAAGACUGUGCCUUCGAAGCCUCUAACAGAGGACUCCCCACCAGGACAAAAGGUCCCUAAAAAUCCUAUCAUGGGACUUUUGUAUCACUGGAAAAUCUGUUCUCCAGUCACACGAUACAUUCUAGGCUACUUCCUGACUUACUGGCUCCUGGGACUACUCCUUCAUUGCAACUUCCUGCCUUGGACAUGACUGGGACUCUCCAGGGACAGGCUGAAAGCCGACUUAACCCAGGGGUCUGAAAGUAAAACUGCACAUUGGAACUGCCUGUGCUGCCUUGGAUCAUUGCUGUGUCCAUUAUAAUCUCUCUCUUUGAAAGCUGGUCAGGAAUGGGAGAAGUGUCAGCUACUAGAGAGCCCCUUCUGGUCCCUGGCUAGGGCAAAUUUUAGAGUAACAAUAUUUUCUGUAACUGAAGAUUGUCUUAUUCCAAGUCUAAAGUACACCUGGAUCUGUCUAGUCAAUCAACAUAGCAGAGAUCGUCUUAAACCUAUCACUGACCUGCUUGUAAUUUAAAUGUCAAUUAUUGAAGUGUAAAUUUUGUCAAAGGUAUUAACUGACAGGCAGCUAACAGUCCACACAAGAUGGUACAGGCCUGAACAGUGUAGUGGCAGUAGUGAAGUGGGACCAUUUUUUCCAACUGGGACGUUGUUUCUGAUGAAUUUUUAUAAUGAUUUGUGCAUUUAUUUUUUUAUAUGAAAAAAAUCUUACAAAGAUAUGCAAAUUAAACUUCUUUCAGUUAUA